CGAUAUCUUCCAAUAUUUUCAUACUAAGUCAUACUGACAUUAGUCUGAGAUACAAGGUAACUAUGGCUCGAUGUGCCCUUUGUUUGUUCUUUAUUUUCUGUUGUUUGAUCAUAAUUCAAGGGAGAGAAGUAAAAAGACAGACUAAUUUUGUAACAUUGGGUUGCAUGGGUACUUUCGACAAACAUAAAUUUAAUGUAGUUAGCAGAAUAUGUGAAGAUUGCUUCAAACUAUACAGAGAACCGGAAGUAUUAAGAGGAUGCAAGUCCAACUGUUUCAAGAACUCUUAUUUUCCUCGAUGUGUUGAGGCUUUAUUAAGAACUGAAGAACUCGAAAAUCUUCAAACAUUCGUAGAAGAACUUUAUGAAUGAAAAGAAAAGCCAAAAUUUUUCCAAAUGACAUUUGUAAUACUUAAUGAUCAACGUGAUUUAUUUAUUUACAAAACGUUUAUUUAUUAUUUAUUUAUUUAUUUAUUCUUAUGUGAACAAUAAUUAAUAAAUUUAAAAAA